UUUCUCGCAACUCCAUUUUCCAAUUCAAUAGUGUUGUGUGAAAAAUUGCAUUUCUAACAAGAAAAUUAAUCAACAGUGGUUCAAUCUCCUUCGCACAAUUUAUAUACUUAUCUGAAACGUGCAUCAUAUUGAAAAUAUCCUAAGCCAGCUGCAGUUAUCUCCCUUACACAAGCUCCCUGACCCGAAACAAGAAAGUGUGUUACUUUCACACUGUGUUUCUCCCACAGUGUGGACGAACGUUGUGGCUUCAAGGGCAGAGAAAACAAGCAUGUCAGGACGGCGCACAUCUAGCAGGCUGAAGGCCCUCACAAGGUCCUCGUUGAAGUCCACAGAAAAGUCCACGGAAAAGUUCCCGGCAAAACCGACUCCAUACUCGCGCCCGAGGAGGAAAUGCGAAUCAAAAGAUCCUAAAGGAAAGGCCAAUAAGAAACCUACUGACACAAAGCAUCAGAAGACCUCGAACUCGACGGAACGUAAACCGCCUAGCAAAAAGUCACGUGAUAAACCCCCCAAUCAACCAAUCAUUGCGCCAGGAAGAUCGGAACUAGUAGAAAUUAUUGAAAAUACUCCAGGGUGCCGAUCCGGUAGCAAGAUAACCAUGGAUGUCUUGGUGAUGACACUCGAGGGGGCUACUGUUAUACUGACGUCUGACCAAGAGAACAAGUCUGUGAACGCUUUGUACAGGGAAGCGGGCGAGGAGAGGACGAGUACACUCCCCAUGAAACAAUUUGCAACGAACUUCACUAUCAUCGAGGACAACCUGGUGGCUGCUGGUGUGUGGUGCCAUUUCAAAAUAGUAUUUUUCAAAGUAUUCCCAGAUCUGGAUCUACAGCGCACUAUUGACACAAAAACACGAUACAGCUCUAUUGCAUUCCUGUCUCCAGGAACAUUGGUUGGAAGUCAUGUCCUGGGAAAUUGUGGAGUGGAUGUAAUUGAUAUGACUGGGAAUAUUCUCAGGACAUUUGACAGAAGCCACCUAAACGAACCGUACAGCGUGUGCACCUACAACGGCAACUGUAUAGUGGGAGAUUUAAAGCAUCACGCGAUAACGUGUUUCAACGAAAUGGGGAAUCUGCUGUUUAAGUUCAAACCUAGAGUCGACAAGAAGUUUAUAGGACUGUUGACAGUGAGGGCUCACGGGGGCUACAUCUAUGCUUCUGAUAGAGAGGGCCACAGAGUAGUUCAGCUGACUGUAGAUGGGAAGUUUGUGAGAGAUGUCCUCACCAGAGACGAUGGUAUCGAGGAGCCACAAGGUAUCUGUAUCACUGAUGACAACAUUCUCUAUGUCUCAGUGCUCAAAAGCUACAUCAGAGUGUAUCGUAUUGGAUAAUUUUGUGCUUGCUUAUUUUACCUUUACAAGAUACACAAUUUACCCAUUGAAAAACAAAGCAGCAUGCGGGUUAAUCGCAUUGGAUGACAUUGUGCUCGCAUAUGUGCACCUUUACUAGGUACCGGUUGAGAUACACACCAACAUUCAGAUGUAUCUUAUGGGAUAACGCUGUACAUGUACAAAUACACUUUCACAAGAUACCCAUUGAGAUGCACGGCAACACCUUGGUGUGCAUGCAUGCUUGUUGGAAGAUAUUGUCAACACGCACCAUGUAUAUAUCAUUUACACGGAAUGAACUAUUUUGUCCAUAGUAACUUUACCCUUGAAACCUUUAUCCCUGUGCCUCGCCAAGUCAGUCUGAAUAUUAGAUCGGCCUGAAUAACAGAUAAACAUGUGCAAGUAUGAACGACAGUCAGUGACACUAUUGUUAUUUGUAUAUUUGUUUUGUCCAAUUUGCAUUAUGUGCCCUUACGUUUAGCAGUACCUGCAUGUUUAUGUGUUUUUUAAACAUGUACCAUACCUUCACGAAAGUAACAUAUACCUUUUGUUGUACAGGUAUGAAAAUAGAUCGCGUCAAUCUAUUUGAUACCAAUGGUGGACAAUGAUUAAUUAAAGUACUUAUAGAACUU